AUGUCAAUUUUUAUUUUAACGAAGUGCAAUGUUUUCCCAGGUGUGCCGAAAGUGAUUUGUCAGGAAAGUGAUCUGACUAUAGAUGUUGUAACCUCAAAACCGUUCAGAGGCAAUAUUUUCGUUAAAGGAAAGGCAAAAGAUCCAUCAUGCAGGCAGUCUUAUGCUAUUAAUAGCUCAAAUUCUUAUUCAUUAUCACUCGGGAAAUGUGGAAUGCAACGAUUGAGAUCUAUGAAUCCGAGAGGAGUAAAUUUCGUAACGACCGUAAUAGUUUCAUUUCAUCCACGAGGAUUUAUCACUAAAAACGAUCGAGCCUUCCACAUCAAAUGUUUUUAUAUGGAACCAGAUGAAAUAGUUACAUCUGGCAUUAAAGUCAGUGCUUUACCAUCAACAGAAAUCUACGAUUCAUUGCAAAUGCCGACAUGCGAUUAUUCAGUUAGACGUGAUGGAAUCAACGGACCACAGUUGUCAUUUGCUAAUGUUGGAGAAACAGUAUUCCAUGUAUGGCAAUGUUCUGGUGCAAAUAUGGGAAUGUUAGUCAAGAAAUGCUUUGUUACUGAUGGAAAUGGUGAAGAUCAUGCAGUUGUCGAUUUCGACGGAUGUUCAGCUGACGAAUAUCUAAUAAGUGAGUUGACUUAUGACGAUUCCUUGAUGAAGGCUCAUGCUCUAAGCCAAGUUUUCAAAUAUGCUGAUUCCAACCAAUUGUUUUUUACGUGUCAGAUACGACUAUGUCAGAAGAAUAUCGGACUUUGCGAAGAAAUUACGCCACCUAAAUGUGACAAAGAUGAGAAAAAUCGAAAGCGUCGAGAAAUAAGAUUUAUAAAUAAUGAUCGUUCGAUGGAAAUUGAUGUCUCAACGUCUGAAAUGUUAAUUGGUGGCAUUGACGAUACAGCAAUUCGAACUCAAACGUCGCAAUUAUGCUUCUCACCACUAAUCAUCGCCUUAUCAAAUUUUAUUGUUUUCACCUGUAUCGUUAUUUUCAUUUCAAUCCUUCACAUGAUGAAUAAUAUUCCUCGUAAAAAGGCGGUUAAUUUCCUCUAA